GUGCAGAUGGCCAGGGCGUGCUGUGCAUGAUACUGUGCAAGCAAUUCAGCAGGGCUGCUGCUGCAAAACCAGCGUUCUCAGCUCUGGGUGCUGGGGCUUGUCUCCAUAACAAGCUACCAUGUAACAAACGGAUCUCAGCAGGGUGAACAACACUCGCAGAAAGUGAGCUGUUUACUUCGUCCCCACCCUGCUCCCUUAACUCUAAAAAGUUACAAACUGUAAGUUUCCUUCCUGAUAAAUGCCAAGGCUUCCUCACUGAUUGGUCUCAGUUUGGGAAAGGACGUGACAUCAGCAACUUCGGAGACUGGGGGCUGGAGGGUUCUUGUGGCCUCUGCCGGGCCUCCAGCCAGUUAGACCAUUUGACCAGGACGUGUGCAGCUCAGCCAGCCACAUAAAUUUUUCAGGAGCAAGGGGAGCAUGAAGUUUGGGCUUUGCUGAGCAACUGAAGUACGGCGCAGAGCUUGCUCACUCAGGAGAGAGCACCAUGGAUGGCAAGCAAGGGGGCAUGGAUGGCGGCAAGCCCGUGGAGCCAAGAGAUGCUUCUGACACCAGGCUUCUUUCGAACCCAUUGAUGGGCGAUUUUGUGUCUGAUUGGUCUCCUGUGCAUGAAGCCGCAAUUCACGGACGUCAGCUGACUCUGAGGAAACUCAUCAGCCAGGGGUGGCUUGUGAAUAUCGUCACAGCAGAUCAUGUUUCUCCACUCCAUGAAGCCUGUCUCGGAGGUCAUCCCUCUUGUGCAAACAUUUUAUUACAGCAUGGAGCACAGGUGAAUGGCAUGACAACAGACUGGCACACUCCACUCUUUAAUGCUUGUGUCAGUGGCAGCUGGGAUUGUGUGAAUUUGCUCCUGCAGCAUGGAGCCAACCUUCAACCUGCGAGUGAUCUGGCAUCCCCCAUCCAUGAAGCAGCUAAGAGAGGCCACGCGGAGUGUGUCGACGCUCUUAUAGCUCAUGGGGUCAACAUUGACCAUAACAUCAGCCACCUGGGCACUCCACUCUAUUUGGCUUGUGAAAACCAGCAGAUAGCCUGUGUCAAGAAGCUUCUGGAGUCAGGUGCAGAUGUGAACCAAGGCAAAGGUCACGAUUCUCCACUUCAUGCAGUGGCCAAGACGGUCAGUGAAGAGCUGGUUUGCCUACUCAUGGAUUUUGGAGCAGACACCCAGGCCAAGAAUGCUGAAGGCAAACGUCCUGUGGAGCUGGUGCCUCCAGAGAGCCCUUUGGCCCAGGUCUUCUUGGAGAGAGAAGGGCCCCCUUCUUUGAUGCAGUUAUGCCGCCUUAGAAUUCGGAAGUGCUUUGGAAUCCGGCAGCAUCAUAAGAUAAGCAACCUCAUUCUCCCAGAGGAUCUGAAACGGUUUCUCCUACAUCUUUAAAUGCAUCAAGGGAACGGAUUCACAAACAACAUGAAAACGUUAUUGAGUGUCGUAGCCAUUAGAAUUUAAAAAAUCUAGUUGGGUUUAUAGAGUUUGAUUGAUGUUUUCCAUUAGAUUUGUUAUAGAAACGCACUGCAUACAUUUGUAUUAGUUAGAAGGUAUGAAGACAUUUUUCCCACUUGGAAGAGAAUGUUUAAAAUAACAGCUGUUGUUUUAAAUAUUUACUCCAUGCCAAGCACUUUCUGCAUCAUCUAAUUUAGCCCUCACAGCAACUGGAUCAGUAUGUCCAGUUUCCCAGAGCAAGGAUAGAGGAGUCAGAUUCAAAUAGGUUUUCUAACACUAGCUUAAGUGAUUAUUUGAUCAAGGCAGGAUUUUCCAGCAUCACUAUCCUUGUUCCAUCUCUGCUGUAUGACAAUAAAAAUAAAGAAAUAUGUUUCUUGGUUUAUGUCUAA